GGUGGAGGAGGUGCCGGGAGGCCGCUUCCCACCCCCGAACCGGAGCUGGAGCAGAGCGGAGCGGUGCUGUGGGGUAGAGCGGAACCGGCUCAGCGGGCGCGGAGCCCCCGCCAUGGCCCGGAAUACGCUGUCCUCGCGCUUCCGCCGGGUGGACAUCGACGAGUUUGACGAGAACAAAUUCGUGGACGAACAGGAGGAGGCGGCAGCGGCGGCGACCGAGCCAGGCCCGGACCCGAGCGAGGUGGACGGGCUCCUGCGGCAAGGGGACAUGCUUCGGGCGUUUCACGCAGCCUUGCGGAACUCUCCCGUCAACACCAAGAAUCAAGCUGUGAAGGAACGAGCCCAGGGUGUGGUGCUGAAAGUGCUCACAAAUUUUAAGAGCAGUGAAAUUGAGCAGGCUGUGCAGUCACUGGACAGAAACGGCAUUGACUUGUUAAUGAAGUACAUUUAUAAAGGAUUUGAGAAGCCCACAGAAAAUAGCAGUGCAGUGUUACUCCAGUGGCAUGAAAAGGCAUUAGCAGUAGGAGGACUAGGCUCCAUUAUAAGAGUUCUUACAGCAAGAAAGACUGUUUAAAAAAAAAGAGACUCAUGUUACCUUGAGAAGAUAAGAAUUUUGGAUGCACAGGCUGGUGAAGAAGGGAUUGACACGGACCAUCUUCCUAGGAACUCCCAACUAAACUUUUCAGGACAUGUGUCCUCUGAAAUGUAUUUUAUUUUCAAGGUGGAGGGAGAAUUUGUCUUACUGUUUCCUAAAUCCUUUGCAGGAUCUGAUAGUAUGCCUUUGUCUGUGAGUAAUGCAGAACUGACAUUCUGUCUACCAGAGUGACUGGCCAGCCUUGGUCAGGUGUGCACUGCCUGUUUAAAAUGGGGGAGGGGUGAUUUGGCAGGUGCAGAUCCAAGGGCUGUGGUAAAAGGGAGAGCUUGUUUUUAUGAAGUGGAAAAAACCUGAGGGUUUGUACAGACAUCCCGUCUUUCCAGAGAAGGCGGACUCUCUUGGGUUCAUUGUAAAGUGCCUGCUGCAUCAAUAAAGCUCUUGGCUUAUUAGUAUAUACAUUGCGGUGUGUUUCAUGUAUGUUAAAAAAUGCUAAUGAAUGGAUGGGCAUGAGAGGUUAACUGUUCAGGGAAAUCAAGGUAGAAGGGAUUAGACCCCUGUGUGUCCUCGUUUAGCCAUCCCCGGGGAGUGAGCAUGGCAAUCCAUAUGCCCUCUUGCCACAAUGCUACUGGCUGCUACAGAGGCGUUUUGCUGAAUAACUGUUUAUUGUUUCUUACUCCCUUGAUUUGUAUGUACUUUUGAAGCUUAUUUAAUUUAAUAAAGUGCCAAAAAUUUAAUAAUUGA